CCAAAAAACAACAUCAAGACUGAGUUUUCUUCAACAGCAAAGCCAGGACCUGACAUUGACUCCUUGAACCAUACAUCAUCGUCAAGAGCUAGGAAAGACAGUUACAAACGCCGGGGGGUUCUAUUCGACUGUUUCCUCACCUUAUCCAAGCCAGUGCCUUGUCUAGCACACGCAUCACAGUAGAACCUUUUGUUCCGAAAAAUGGCUCCUGAACCCCCUACUACCGUGCACCUGACCAGCUACGAUGAUCUGAGCGGCGCCUCCUUAACCUCCUUCACCAACCCCUACGAUGCGCUGCUGACCGUCUCAAAAAAUGAUCCAAAACAACUGCAAGUCCACUAUGAGAAACACCGCGUCUCGCGGAACGAGCAGCAGAAGGCGAAGCUCCUGGCCCCGGAGUUUGAGGGCGUGGUCGUCGACCCGAUUUUGAAGCGCCUGGAGGACCCGACGAUCGAGCCCGGGUUCGUCGAUCCUCGCCAUUGCUUGGUGUUCUGGGCGAGGCCACCGCAGAAGGUCAGGACGCUGGCAGCGGAGGUGCAGAAGAAGCUAAGUGAGGUUGUGCCGAACCUCUGGCUCAUGCCGCAGUCCUCACUGCACAUGACCGCGCUCGAAGUAACGCACUCGCAAACGCCGGCGACAAUCGAAGCGCUGGUCGCGCAGAUGCAGCCCGCCAUCCCGAGCAUAGCGAACCACACGCACGCGCACCACGCCCGCCUCAUCAAGCCGCAACUCGGCUUCGACGCGUCGGCGAUCGCGCUGUCCUUCGUCCCCGCCACCGGGCCCACCGACACUUACUCCUACCACCACCUGCGCCGCGACCUGUACGCGCGGGUGCGCGGGACCGGCGUCGACGUCGCCAGCCGCUACGUCGUGCCGAGCGCGCACUUGACGCUCGCGCGGUUCAUCUGCGCCGAGGACUUUUUGACUGCGGAAGCGGACGGAACGGGGGUCGGUGCCGGCGAUGUGAGCGUGGGCGCGGGCGCAGAUGGCGCAGGCGAGCUCUCGACGACGGCGGCGCUGACCCCGAGCGGCGCCGCGAGGGGCACGCCCGUUGUGGAUCGCGCCAAGGUGCGCAAGCUGGUCGAGCGCAUUGACGAGGUUAAUCGCUGGCUGGAGAGGGAGUUUUGGCCGAGGCAGGGCGAGGAGACCAGGGAGGGCGGCGAGUGGGUCGUUGGUGAGGAGCGUGGGCUCGAGUGCCGGAAGGGCGCGCUGUGGUAUGGCGCUGGCGGCGAAACGGUCAUGCUUGGGGAGGGGUUUUAGUGCGUUGAGGUGUGGGGAGGGAAUUGCUGGUGCUUUCAUAUGACCACCACCGCCGCCGUGUAGCAAUGUACUUUGGACCCAACUAGGUACUUACUUCAUGGCACAUACGAGGAGAAUUGACUAGGUAUCUUCUCGUCAGCUCCAUACGCAGCCACUGAUAUUCUGGAGCCGUGGUCCGGAC